GAUCUCCUUCCCUUCUAGAUCUCCAGCAGACGAUGAUCGGCUCCUGCCAGCUUGAGGACGUGGCCGUGCGAGUCUGGACACGAGUGAUUGGUCACUACCCACACCGCAACCAGUUACUGGUGGACUGCGGAUGGACAGGGUUGAGCCUGCACAGCCUGGGUCAGCUGCCCACUGGCUUUGCCCUGGUGGACGGGCACCCAGACCUCAAAUUGGUGGCAAUGACUCAGGAACACGGAAAAAUCGAACCCAUGACCGGGAUACUGGAUUUUGCCAAGUUCCCCCUGGGCAGCCUUCUGGCUCUGAUCCCUUACCACGCGUGUGCCACGGCUGCGAUGCACCCCGUCUUCUUCGUCCACCGCGGGGGCCGUGUGGUGGAGACGUGGAAGCCGGUGCGAGGCUGGUGAAAAGACAAGAUGAAGAAGAUCCUGGCUUGUA